CCCACUUUCUGUCUCUAUUGUUGAACACUUGGGAAACCUAGACCCCGCGCUUUUAUCUCACAACUAUCCCUCGGAGGGCACACCUUGAGCAUUGUCACAUGUUACUUCAGGGAUACUUUUCUGGGCCAGAGCCAGAGCCGUGAGGAAAAUCAGAGCCGUGAGGAAAAUCAGAGCCGUGUGACAAAACCUGCGAGAUGGCUCGGAAAUCCAGUGCUAGGAACUGGCGAGAUUCUGCCACCUCGCCUCAUUCACCGUCAGCGUCCCUCCUCCUGUCCACGUCAGCACUCGCGCUGAGCAUACUAGCUGGCGCGUGGCUGGUGCCACGUCAGCUCUGGGGAGCGGAUCUGACAAGUAACCCGCUGACGUGUAUCAAGUCGACAUGUGCCCUUCUUCUGCCAGUCUCCCUGCUGCUCUUCUCGCACCCGCCCUUCCACUCCUCCCUCUCCCUCCAACCAUCACCAUCGCCAGGGAGAGCCACGCCCGAGCAGCUCAUACCUCGCAUCGCCACUGCCAUCGGCCUAAGCUACUGCGGUGAGGUGCCGUGGCUGCAGCUCUCAUUGCCACGGCCUUUGGCGCUCCCAGUGCCCUUCAGUCCGUCUCUGUCACCCUCCAUUGGUCCUCCCUGUUCUCUCUACUCAUCGUACUGCCAUCCGCGCUUCUCUUUGGCGCCAACUCACAUCUUUGGCGGUCUGUGCUACUGCGUUUUAGCCCCGUUUCAUUGCCAGAAGCAUGUGUGGUGACGUCAGCACAUGGAGCAGUGGUGGGGGCAUGGAUGGGUGCAUGGCCCAUGCCUCUGGACUGGGAGCAGCCAUGGCAGGCAUGGCCCAUCUGCAGCACAUAUGGCAUGCUCCUGGGGUACUUGAUCGGUCUGUUUCUGCCACUCAUUGCUGCGUGGGUGCUCCCUGCGACUGUCGUGUCGCGGAUGUUACAUCGCAAAGUGUCGACGGCUUAGGUACUGCUUUCUCUUUUCAUACUGUUGUCUAACAGUGUGAAGCAUUCCCUAUUUGUUACACGCCAGGAUAUAAAUCUGAGCUGUAAUCAGAGGUACCAUGAAAAUAUGCGAAACACAAU